CACUGAUCCGCAAACGAGAAUGAAGUUAAUUCUUAUCGUAGGCUUUAUCUUUGCCUUGUCUGGGGCUUCUCUUGGCCUAAGGGAUGCGGUCUGUGGUCAACCACCAGAUUUUAGUGGCCGUUGCCGUGGCCUUUUUCCAUCUUUUAGUUAUCAUCCCGAUAAGAACGAGUGCACAGAGUUCAAUUACGGCGGAUGUGACGGAAACGAAAAUCGUUUCUCCCUGAAAGAGGACUGCGAGGAAAAGUGCAAAGAAUAAUUCAUCAUUUAAUAUUCUUAGUACAUCACGAAUGUACGAAUAAAUAGAUAUUCAA